AUCCUAAUAAUUAUUUUCUUUUUAAAUAUACAACUCAAAAUACUACAGAAGGUUACUUCAAUAUGAAAACUUGUUAUCAAUAUAGAGUAGAAUAUAUGCAAAACCUUCUUGCCAAAGAAGUUUAUUUGACUAAAAAAAGAAUUCUAAAGAAAAAGCAACUAAAUACUUGGAUAAAGAUAUUGUAG